ACACAGAAGUGCUCAGCUGAAGAGCGGUAUGAAGUCGUGGGAUCUGCAGAUACUGUUCUUGCUGUCGCUGGUGAAGAUGUGAUUCUGCCCUGUUCAGUCAAACCCAACAUCAGUGUUGUGGACAUGAGAGUGGAGUGGUUAAGAUCUGAUCUGACAGACACACAAGUGCAUCUUUAUGAUGAUCAUGAAUACAAAAAUACAGAUCAGAGUCAGUCCUACAGAGGGAGAACAAAACUGAUCCAUCAAGAACUACAGAGAGGAGAUGCAUCACUCUCCGUCUCUGAUGAAGGACGUUAUAAGUGUUUUAUUCAGUCCAAAUCCUGGUAUGAUGAUGCAACUGUUGAUGUCAGAGUUGAAGCUGUAGGACGUCCUCCAGUGAUCACUGUAGAUGGGUUUGAUCAUUCAGGAGGGCUUCAUCUACAGUGUGAAUCUGAAGGCUGGAACCCUGAACCUGAUCUUGAGUGGCUGGACAGUGAAGGAGUCAGUUUGAGUUCAGAAACUACAGAGACACACAGAAACACAGAUGGAUUCAGUGUGAAACACACCACUACUGUACAUCACAGUGACAAGAUUCACUGCAGAGUCAAACUGAGACAUCACAUGCGCGAGGCACUGAUUAUCAGCUCAAGUAAUAUGUUUAGUUCUUGGAAGACAUCGGUCAUCAUGAUUUCAUUUGCUGUUGUGCUCAGUGUGAUUGCUGGAAUACUGAUAGCUGUGUUUGCUCAUAAAAACAGAGGUAAAAUGCUUGUUUUCUUAUUUCAUAUAUUUUAUGUAAAUAAGGCAGUAUGGAGAUAAUUUUUAAGGCAAGGCAAGUGUAUUUAUAUAAUACAUUUCAUACACAAUGGUAAUUCAAAGUGCUUUACAUUAAAAUGAUUAAAAUAAUCAUACAA